AUGUGUUCCUCCGGUGUUUGUUACCAAAUCUCAACCCCCCAACUUCCAUGGAAGCAUAGGAUCACUCUUCGAUUCGCCACUCUACUCUACAACACUUCUCUCCGAUCAGAUCUCACCGUCAAUCGCCGGCUUCUCAAUUUCAUCGACCCCAAAAUCCCUUCCAAUCACGAUUCGACUCACUCUGUUUCCUCUUCCGAUCUCAUUGUCGACACUUCUCGUGACCUCUUCCUUCGAAUAUUCACCCCCACCCCCACCGCCGCACUCGAUGAAUCUCUCCCACUCCUGCCGAUCAUUUUCUACUUCCACGGCGGCGGCUUCGUCUUCGGUUCUGCCGACGCCACUUCAACUGACAUGGCUGCCCGCCGCUUUGCCAAAAAAUUAUGCGCCGUCGUAAUCUCCGUCAACUACCGUCUCGCUCCUGAGUUCCGAUUCCCAUGCCAAUGCGACGACGGAUUCGAUCCUUUGAAAUUCAUUGACGAAAUGGACGACGACAGUUUACUAGAGAGGGUAGAUCUGAGUCGUUGCUUUAUUUUAGGGGAAAGCGCUGGUGGGAAUCUAGGGCACCAUGUGGCGGUGAGAGCGAGCGAGUACGAGUUCAAAAGAGUGAAGAUUAUUGGAUUUAUAGCGUCGCAGCCGUUUUUCGGUGGAAAGGAAAGAACGGAGUCGGAGAAUCGACUGUGUAAGCAACUUCCGUUGACUCUGGACAUGACGGAUUGGUUUUGGAGGGCAUUUCUGCCGGCCGGGGAAGAUCGAGACCAUGCAACGGCGAAUGUGAAUGGACCCAAUGGAAGAGAUAUCUCGGGAUUGGAAAAUUUUCCGGCGACGUUGAUUUUCGCGGGAGGAUUGGAUCUGCUGAUCGAUCGACAAAAGUGUUAUUAUGAAAGGUUGAAGAGAAUGGGAAAAGAUGUGAAGCUGGUGGUGUUCUCCAAUGCCGUCCAUGGAUACUUUGGCUUUGCAGAUCUGCCGGAAUAUUCUUUAAUGAUUAAGGAGAUGAGGGAUUUCAUUGCAAAGAAUUAA